AUGAACUCGACAGUCCGCAACGCAUGCAUAGCUGGGGACUGGCCUACCGCUGAAAAGGUGCUAAAUGUAGAUAUUUACACUGACGCCAGCGAUCACACUGCCUAUGCCAAUCGCGCAUUUGUUAUGGCGCGAAAGUGCGACUGGAACCAAGCACUUCAAGAUGCAAUUCAGUCCGUCAGCAUUCAGCCAUCAUUGGCAGGCCAUAUCUCCAAGGGCAUUGCCCUCUGCGGCAAAAAGCAGACCAUUGCGUUGUUCAAUGCAAAUGAACAUCAAGAGGCAAUUCUUCGCAUCCGAGAGCUGGCUGCAUCUCCCGAUGUCGAUCCUGUUGCUUGUCAUAUAGUGGAAGCCUACCUACGCGUCCAAAUGGGAAAUAUCGCCUUGGAGGGCGCGCGCUAUAAUGAAGCUGUUGAACACUUCACUGCCGCUGCCAAUGCCAGCACUUUCUUUUACAAAUCGCCAAUUCAUGUGACAUACGAUGAGUUUGUCGUGCUUUUUGGUUGGGACCUCAAGUACUUGUGGCAAACUGCGAACCAGCAACAGUGUUGUGCUUUCUUUCGAGCAGGUAGUUUUGUGACAGCCAUCGAAUCGUAUCAGUCUAUCAUGGACAAGGUUGAUGAGGAUAGGAAGGCCGACUUACGUGCUUGGUUCGCUGUUCUUAGUGCUCGUGUCAUGAACAGCAACCGCAGCCAGAGCACAUACGAAGGACCUUCACGAGUUGGUGAAGCACAGACUGAGACAUAUCACGAUUUGCGUCACGAGGAGAAAAUUGUGAUUCGUGCAUGA